GUGACCUCAGAUAAAGUGAAACUGAAAGUAAAUCAACAUGAACAUGCGAUUGUGCAAGAUUUUCAUCUAUGGUACUCCAAUAAUAGCUUUUAGUAAUAUUUAAUCCCUAUUCGACUUUGAUUUUGAAUACUUGACAUGUCUUUGAAAGUACAGGAAUUAUUUGGGGGAGCCCUCAUUGUUCAACUUCCAGACAACGCUACGGACAUAAGUGACAUUCGCCAGAUUCCUGAUAACCAGGAAGUGUUUGCUCACCCAGUCACAGACCAGAGUAUAAUCAUAGAGAUCCUGGAGUAUGUGGACAAAGAUGACGAAGAAGCAAUUAAGACCCACUUUAGUGACCUGGCUUCUGACAAUGACGUGCAGAGUGGAGAUGCUGCUAUUGUACAGAUUGAGGAAAUCCCUAACACUGAUCUUAAAAUGACGCAGUGUGACAAUGCCUAUUAUGUCCUAGGACAACAGAAUGUCUCCAAAUUUAAUGAGGCAGCUAAAAACACAGUAGACAUGCACAUUGGUCUUUUUCGUAUCUCUAAAUUUACCUCAGAUAUACUGGUGACCUUCAACAAUCCUUCAUCUAUCAACCCCCAGAGUAGCAGUCAUCACCCUGUCCCUGUCAGCAUACCCCCUGGAUCCUGA